CUUUUGAUAGAGAAAAUCUGUAGGAUAGGGUCCUGGGUCAUCUUUGACAAGACAGUUGAAUCUUUAGACUUGUUGUAAACAUCUCAUAUAAAUGAUAUAACGAUGAACACAUACAACAACUUUUGGUUUUGUUAUUACAAAGACCAGUGUUGGAAAUGCUGAUAAAAAGUUGAGAAAUUUUUAUUUUCCGAAAGCAACAUGGCGUCAGAAAAAAAUCUCGAAAAAAAUACUUUUUUCUCUCUAAAAUGUCACAAAACUACUUUUAUUCUUACCUCAUCAAGUAAAGUACAACUCCAUUCAUACUCUAGUACUAUUAUUUGACUUAUAUCAAAGUCUAAUCAACCAAUAUCCAAGCCCCACGCCGCCACCUGAAAUGGGACACCUGGAAAGGGGCACCUAGGUGUGGGACACCUAGGUGGUAUUUAGUAACACCCAAAUAAAAGAACCUUUUCAAUCCUCAGUCUAAAUUUGGCUUUUUAAAAGUUCAAACAUCGAUUUUGAAUGGACCGUUCAUGCAUACUAGUAUAUCGAAAAUGUAUUCACCAGAGAAGGUGUUAGAACAGGAAAUCACGUAUAUAGCCAGAAAAAUGUUAUUUUUACCAUUUUAUCCACUAUAAAUCGCAACGUCCGUUUAGUAAAGAUUUUGAUGUAUAGACAUUUAUUGAUGGAUUGGAGGCUAGGAUAAAAAUGUUGUUGUUGUGUUGCAUAAGCCAAUGUUUCCUCCCGGUGUUUCCUCGACAGUUCACCUCUUGUACUGUAAAUUUUCUUUGUGCUCUCUCAUUGAUGUGCUUAAAUUUUCACUUGUGAGGAAAAUAUUAUGCAAAAAUAUCUCGUCACGUGAAAAAUUCUAAAAUCAGCAUUGAAAUCUAAUGGGCAAUAGAUUAAGAUUUGGAAGUGAAUUCUGUGAUGUCCCUGGGCUGAUGUCGUUGCAUUCACGAUAAACUGCGUCAAGAUGUGCUGAUCUAGAAGAAACAAGAUCCUUUUUCAUGCCCAGGUCUUCAUCAUACUUUUUGCCAUCUUAAAAUGGGAUUCCCUGUAUUCUGGUAUUCUCGUGACUAUAGCAAAGCCAAUACAAGUGAUUAAUUUCAUUAAACAUUGAUGAUUGAGCGAUGGAGCAAGCCCAAGAAUUCUAAAAAAAAUUGUGUACAUAAUUUUCGGACCUCAGAGAACAAACUUCCGGCUUGUUAUUCAAAAUAAAAAAUCCUCCGACCGGGAAUCGAACCCACGCCGCAGAAGUGGUUAGCGAGCACUCUAACCACUAUACCAGAGUGUUUUUCCGUGAUUGUGAUAUAUUUUUUCAACUCAAUAGUGAUAUACAUGUGUGAACUUUUUAAGUGGCAUUCUGGGUUGAAAAACUUUCGAGAGUGUUGUUUUAUUGUUUAGAUGACGAAAACUUCAAUAAAAACAAUAUGAACACGGAUUAUAAACACAAAGGCUCUCUAGCCAAAACACUAUGUUCACAGCUAAAUAGCCUUAAAUUUUAAGGCUCUUUAGCAUUUUGGCUAAAGAGCCUUAAAUUUUAAGGUACUCCAGACACUUCGUUUCUUUUUUCUCUCGUUUUUCCUUGGGUUUCAGUUCUUGAAUUGCGUCUGUGUACUCCUCGUCUUCAAUCUGAUUUCUUUUUCGUUUUAUGUAAUUAUCCAAGCUUGUUUGUUUUGUUUCUUCCAUUUGUUGCACGCAGUUUCUGGGAUAGAUUGUUUGUUUGGAUUUUUCCAGUAACCGGAUGUUUACAAACAAUCGACUACUUCCGGUUUGAUUGUCAUUUUCUCCCGGGUCACUUUACCGUCUUAUUUCGUUCGUUUGCUGUUUAGAUUUCGUCUGAAUUUUGUUUAAAAGUCUUCUAUAGCUGUCUAUGCGUUGUUUUAUCCAGUUUAUAUAGUCGAUAGCAUCUUUUGUCCUACUUUAUUUGGUCAUAACUGACCUCCUAGUAUUUUUCUGUUCUCAUCGUUUCGUCGCUAAGCAACCAGCCGUUGCAUUUGUUUGUAUCACUAUAUUUAGUUAAGUAUACUAUUGUAUGUAAAGGCUUAUUCACAUGAGUUAUUGCAGAUGAUUUUUAGCACAAUUGUAAAACUUAAUGCAAAUCAUCAUGAAGAAAAAAUGGAAAAUAUUGGCGUUGAUUCUAUGCAUACUAGGUCUUUGUGUUUUAACCAAUCUUGAAGGUGACAGUUGGAUGUUUCUCACAAAAAAUCUCAUCGAUGAAAAUGAUGACAAAUUAGAAUUAGUGGCAGUAAGGACAUAUGGCAAUAUUGUUAAGUCCAGAACAGAUGGAUUGAACUGUAUGGGAAUACUGCAGGGUAAUAAAACAGCUAUUGAUAUAGCUGAUAAAAUUGUGAAAACUGCAAAUGCUGAUCUUGGAAAUAUUGAGGAAACUGACUUUAACAGUAUGGUUCUUAAUAUGACAAAAGAUUGUAAAGCCUACAAAGAUGUUUUAUAUUCUAACUCUUAUUCACACAAGGAUGAAAUCAAGUUUCCAAUCGCUUAUGCACUUAAAAUACACAGAUCAGUCUUACAGUUUGAAAAGCUAUUUCGACAGGUUUAUGCUCGUCAAAAUAUCUACUGCAUUUACAUUGACAUGAAUUCACCGGAAAGCUUCCAUAAUGCAGUUAAAAGUGUUGUGAGAUGUUUCGAUAACGUUUUUAUUGCAUCAAAUCUGGAACAUGUGGUUUAUGCAAGUAUCACUCAUGUAAGGUCUGAUCUACAAUGUAUGAAACAAUUAGUUAAUUCAACAGUAGAUUGGAAAUAUUAUCUCAAUGUUGUCGGGCAAGAGUAUCCUCUAAAGACAAAUCGUGAAAUUGUACACAUUCUAAGACGUCUUAAUGGAAAGAGCAGUAUAGAAUCAUACCCACACACUCACGUAUGGCGGUUUGCCUCAAAAUUUAAAUUAAAUGAUAAAGGAAAUGCUUUGAUACCAACCUCUGAGAAAAAAGACCCAUUUUACUUGAAAUGGGAAAUGUACAAAGGUAGUGCAUACGGGGUUUUCGCUCGAUCAUUCGUGAAUUAUAUUCUCAAUGACAAAGAAGCAGGGGAAUUCAUUGAUUGGUUAAAUGAUACAUCUGCCCCAGAAGAGACUGUUUGGUCAACUUUAAUUCGUCACCACAGUGGUCCAGGCCGUUUGAACGUAACUGUUAGACACAAUCAAAAUCACCAGCUGUCAAGGGCAGUUAUUUGGGCGGCGGAUCCUCAAAAAUGUCAUGGCAAAUUUGUUAGAACAGUAUGUGUGUAUGGAAUCCAGGAUUUCUCAUGGUUAGCAAGUCAACCAAAUAUUUUCGCAAAUAAAAUAGAUGUUUUCCAAGACAGUGCUAUAAUGAAGUGUUUGGAUGAAUGGCUCAAGCUCAAGAAUGACCAUUCUGAUCCUGUCAUCACAUUAAACUGGCAUUACUUGAAUAAUCUACCACAAGUAUCAGGAAAACAGUAAAUAACACUCUCAGCCAUGAGAGUGCUAUAAGGGCUGCAUCUACUGUACAAUCAGUGUUACAUAAAAACUCACUCACCUGUAUCUAGUUUGAUUUCAUCUGGUCAUAUGUCCAGGCCUGUCAACUUGGGAACACCUAACAUGAGUGACUUGGAAAUGUUGAACACCUCCCCUCAAAAUGUGGACACCUUGGUCCAAAUCUGGACACCUUGAUCCAAAUUUUGAACACCUUGGUUUAAAUUUUAUUACAUCUUGCCAAAUUUUGAACACCUCAAAUUUUUCGCGCUCGCUACGCUCGCGUUUCUAACAUCCGUCAACGGGGGGGGGGGGGGGGGGGGGGGGGGGGGGGGGGGGGGGUAGGUACGAAAAAUUUCGAACAGAAUGCGUGACAUAUACGUAAUUCGCGUGAAAAGUCCGAACGAAAUGCGUACAUUUUUUUUCCGCCGUUCGUAUUUUUGCUGUGCAGACGAUCUUUUUUAUAAAUUCUACAGAAAUAUUUUUGCUUGACAAUUACCAGGUAAAAUGCGUAUUUGCGUGACAUUUUCUGUCACGCAAAAAUAACUGGCGUGACUUCAAAUUCUUCAGCAAAUGCGUGACAAAUACGCAAAUUGCGGGACAGUUGACAGGCCUGUAUGUCUUAACAUGGUAACUGGUCUGCAAAUCAGUUGUGAUCUUUAGGUUUGGAAUCUUUGUGACACACAAUAGGUUAAAUACUCAGACUAGCUGUCAUUGCACAGUCAUAUAUGACACAACCAAUCCCUAAUAUAAUUCAUAGAACAUGUUGGAAUUGUAUUACAGAGUACUGUACAUUUAAACUGAUUUGAAAUAAACUUAAACUUGAAAUACAGUGGUACAUUGAAAAACUAUUUUGUAAAGUUGUGUGUUUUGUUGCCAUAAUUUUAUCUCAUCUUCCAUUGACAGGCUGUGAAUAAACAUGGGCUUGUCUCAUGCACAGGCAUGAAUGACCUUGACCUGUAAUGUUAACCUUCAUUGACUGACCUUUAAUAUUCACUUUGC